AUGGCGACGGACGUUGGAAGGUAGAACGAUAUUUUUGGCAGUUUUUGCCCGGACGACACGUAUUUCAUCAGUUUCCACAGUGGAAAACGAUGGCGGAACGCAGGAGGAUUAUACCUUCGUCAGUUGGACCACUUUUCCCAUUGAAGAAAGAGAAGGAAACAGUGCCGACGCUGAGGUUCAGUUUGACCCUUAAAGAGCCUAGUGACAAAACCUGCUCAGUGUUUUCCUAUUGCCAACUGGUUAAAAAGGCUGCGCACAAGGAGAACGGCAUUGACCAGUCCUUCAAUGAGCUUGAUGAAGAUGACAUCGGUGGAUUGGAGUCAAUCGCCAAGAAAUUUGAAGAGAAAUAUGCUCCCAAGAAGGGGAAGAAAAGGAAACAUGUCUUCAUUGAUGAGCUGAUCGACGUUGGGAUGGGUUACGAUGACACUGAUCCAUUCGUAGACAACUCAGAAUGUUACGACGAGCUAGUCCCAGAUGUUCUUACUACUCAGCUCGGUGGGUUCUACAUCAAUCAGGGCCAACUGCACUUCAGAGAGAGAUCGGACUCGGAUAACAGUGGCGACUUCCAAGAUCCAAUGCGCAGGAAGAAAACACCAAGGAAGAAGCAUCGGAAGCCGGCAGAUGGAGACAGGAAAGAAGGAAAGAGAAAAAGAAACUCCUCGUCGUCAUCUGAUAAAGCUGCAAAGAAGAUGAGAAAACAGCUACAGAGACAAUUGGGGAAGCCAGGCAGGAAGAAGAAGAGUUUAGCCGGGCGGAUCCCAACUGUUGCCGAGCUGCUUAAACAACGAGAGGAAGCGGUAAAACACUACGGUGCGGGCGAAGAUUCCUCCAAAGAUUCCAUCGCAACAAGCAACACAACCAAAGCACCAUCAAACAAUGCAUCAGCCACAAACGGCUUACCUACGUCAUCAUCAGUAGACGUUAUCGAUCUCAAUGCAUCCCUGGGCGAUAUUGACCCCUCGCUUGAUCUCGGACUGAUCAUGUCGGACUUGAAGAUGGACAGUGACAUGGCCGCUGCUAUGGAGGAAGCUUUGAAGGGACCCAUGAGUACGGAUGAGACAGAGAGGGGGUUAGGAUCACCCGGACCUAAUGGAGAUGAUGUAUUGGAUGAGGAUGGGAAGUCACCGUUACCGGAUGGACUACCGACGUCGCUCAUAGUGAAUGUGGACAAAAUCAAAGAGGCUGCAAGAAAAUCUGUCGAAGGAAAAUGCAAGUUCUUCACAGCGUCAGUAAAUAACCUACUGUUGAAGAUCGAGAAUCAGUCUCGAGAUGAGUCUUGUGGGACCCGCUCCUCCUUAUACAGCCAUCUUGCCUCUAAUCUGCCGUGUACCAAGGAGACGCUACUGAAGAGGGCCAAGAAGCUACGUCUUAUGGCACACGACAGCUGCCUCAAGGAACCCUUGCAGAAACUCAAAGAAGCAAUUGCCAAGGCGAUGCCAGCACAGCUCGAGAGAUAUACACAAGAAUGCCAAGCUGCAACACAGGACAAAUAUAAUGCAAUGAUGAAUAAGAGUCAACCAGUUGAAGAGGAGACAAAGACAAAAGGCACCAGAGGCCAGGUUCCUUCUAAGAGGUUUCAAUGGACCCAUGAAAUCAGGGAAUUACUUUGUACCAUCGUGAACGUAAAAAUGCAAACCUACAAGAUGUCUAAGAUCCGAACUCAGUCAGCUGAAGACUAUCUCAAGAUGUACCUGGAGGAUGAGAUUAAACCUCUCUGGCCAAAUAGAUGGAUGCAGAUGAGAACCCUCUUCAAGGAGUCUCGUUCUGUACACGGAACCAUAACAUCAGUUUCUUCUAAGCCAAUAAAGAUUCUCCCCAUUCUCAAGAAGCCUACACCAACUAAGACCUCAACACCAGAAGCCUUGGAUUCCAGUGCAGACGAGCCCGACUCCCGCCGUAAGCCGGACCGACCCGAUGCACGUCUAACAUCCCCAGAAAGCAGCAGUCAGGAUUCAUACAUCCCAACAUUACUCGACUAUGCAAGUAAAUCUCACGAUCCCCAGCCGACCUCAGAGAAAGAGAAGGCCAACCCCAAACCCAGCAAUAGACCAAAAACUACCAAUGCACCUGAUAAUGCUGCGCCCAGAGUCAAAGACUCCAGAGACUUUAUGGACUUACUUAUAGCCGAGCAGCUGGCAUUACAUGAUACACCUGCUGAGAGUCAAUCCAGUCAGCCUUCAAAGAAAGCAAGGGUAGAGGAUGCUAAGAUUCAGAGCAAGAGAGAGGUGUCAGCUCCGCCGAGCAAAAGAAUGACGGCUGAAGAGGAAGCCCAAGCUCUGCAACUAGAUAUUCUGAGGAAGGCAUCGUUGCUGUUGCAACCUCAAGAUGCUUGGUCGGCAGAGAGCAGCAGGAAGGGACUCUCGCCUUAUGCUGAUGAGAUUAAAGCAUUGGCACAAGUAGCUUCUCAGCAGUCAUCGAGUGUAGCCGGCAACUCUGUCAGAAACACCCAAUCCGUGGCAGUGCUUCAGAAGCCCUCAUCCGUUAAGAUGGCGAGUACUGGGCCCAAAACCAGCUUCCAGAUGGAGUUUGAGAAAAUGUAUAGUACGGCCCAAAAGAAAAACUCUUCUCAAGCAAAAGAAGUCAUGCAAACUUCGCCAGCAGCUCAGCAAUACAAGACUCCUGCACUGCAGGAGGUCAGUCUGUCUGGAAGUGCUAAAACAGCGGCGCACAAGACGGCUUUUGAGAAACUCAGACUAGCUGGGCAAGGUAUCCAAAGUGUACACGUUGAUUCAGCCUCAAUAGUCGCGCAGCCUGUUGUGAAGCUAACCCGUCAUGCAAAUCUCACUGGGGGAGUCCAAUCCGACGCAGCUGUUUACUCUACUCAUAAGUUGGUGUCGCCACCGAGCACACAUUCACAACAGUACAGUGGCUCUUCUUCAAAGCGGGAGCCCCUUACCUCAUCACAUCGCCUGCCGCAGCAAGGCAACACUCCAGCUGUGACUUCCACAUCCCAAUCCCUGCCUGCAAAGAUACCUUCUAGCCAACCGCUCAGCAGUGCAGGCAGCCUGUACAUGUCCAGGAAAGAUUCAGCUUUUCAGUCUGUAUCCCAGGCAGGAGGUGAUCGCUCUGUCUCCAGCAAACACACUGGGAAGUUAGUCACCUCUCCGGCAUACACCUCCCCCUCCGCGGCAUACACCUCCCCGUCCCCUCCUAAGGGAUCGCCCCACUCUGUCCGCACCUCUCCCUACUCCACCUCCCCUAGUCAGGUUACACCGCCACCAAGCUCCCCUCGCCACACCUCUCCGCUCGGUCAGAAGCCUGGUUACUCUCAGUAUCAGCGUACCUCAUCAACAAGUCCAGGCCAUAGUUCCUCCUACAGCACCAGCUACCCUGCCGCCAUGACUAACUUACCUGGUUACCUGGCAGACCUUACUCGUAAGCAGCCAUUGACAUCACCGGUGUUUGCCCCACCGACCUUCCCGAUGACAACGGGUCAUGUGUCACCGGGUCAUCAGGGGUCAUCAGGAAGGAGUACCUCUCCGGGUGAUGCCAUCAUAACAGGCCCAGCACCAGGCACGUUUUAUCAUACUCAAAAUGCAGGCAACAUUCUGGAUUCAAUGCAAAGUAGCACUUCUUCCUCCGCCACCACAAACAACUCCCAACAACGUCUGCUGCACCGUCAGCAGCUCUCACUAGAUUCAUUGAUGUAUGCCCAUCAGACUUACCCAGAGCCUCAUCGCAAACAGAAACAACAUCGGAUCCCAUGAGGGUAAAGUGUAGGCGACAACUUGUGCUAGUCAGCGUGGACUGAGAGUAAUGGCCAUUGAGGAAGACAGUCCCAAUGCGCCUUAUUUUUGACCACUCAACGGCACUAUAAAUAGUAUUUAUUUGCAUGAUGUAUGUGCCAGCUGUACUAAAGAUCGACUAGUUCAUAAAGGACCUAAAUUGGCCAAAGUUUGCACAUAUCUGAUGACACAACUUUCAUAUUAUGGAAGCUUUGGCUCUGUUUCGCAGUGAUCUAAGAUUGGUCUUAAGAUGUGGAUCAAUUUUCAUUGCUAGGCAAUGUUUGAUGCCAUAGCAACAAUCACUAUGGCAAUAUUGACAACUCAUCUUAAGAUGAAUCUUGGAGUUUGUGAAAUCGAGCCCUGGGCCCAACUUCAUAGAGC